AUGAAGGAGGCGAAUUUCACAGUUUCGUCCAUGCAUGGUGACAUGGAACAGAAGGAGCGUGAACAAAUCAUGAAGGAAUUCCGAGCUGGAAACAGCCGAGUAUUGAUUUCGACUGAUGUAUGGGCACGUGGCCUUGAUGUCCCUCAAGUCUCCCUUGUAAUCAAUUAUGACCUUCCCAAUAAUCGUGAGCUGUAUAUUCAUCGUAUUGGUCGCUCGGGCCGUUUCGGAAGAAAGGGUGUAGCUAUCAAUUUUGUGAAGCACGAUGAUGUACGUAUUCUUCGCGAUAUAGAACAGUACUAUUCAACGCAGAUUGAUGAAAUGCCGAUGAAUAUCGCGGACAUGAUCUAA